CCGGAAAGACGGGUCAUGGGCCACAAAAAAAAUAAGUGACCACAUUCUAUUUCAUGACUUAAAAAUUUAUCAUUCACAUAAAAAAAAUCAAAACGUAUAGAGAUCGAAAAUGCUUGGAUAUAAAUAAGACGAAAGCUGAAAACAAGGACACAAUACCCUUGCUUUUGUACCGCCGCUACGUUACUUCUUGCAAUCAUCUCACCUUCUUUCCUCUUCUCCCGAUUAACUGGACUUGGCGUUUGCCCUGCUGUAACUGCAGUUCGCAAAAGUGGAGUUUGAAUCUUUUUUUAUGUCUGAACGAGCCUCUUUCUUCUUGUUAUCAAUUGGCUUGCUUGGAGAAUAUUGCCCCACGUCCAGAAAAAAGCAUAGUCAUAUCUCAGCAAAGACAACUUGUAUGCAUAUUGAUAAUAUUAAGGGUUAUUCUCUUGAUCAUCGGGGUUACAAUUUUAUGCACUUUUCUGUCCUUCCAGUAUCAGUCCUUGCUUCCACUGCCUCUUAACAGACUCUAGCUCAAACAUCAGGGGGCAAUAUGGCAUUGCAGAACAUUGGUGCUGGAAACCGUGAUGAUGCCUUCUACAGGUAUAAGAUGCCAAAGAUGAUAACAAAAAUUGAAGGUCGAGGAAAUGGCAUUAAAACCAACAUAGUCAACAUGGUCGAUAUUGCUAAGGCUUUGGCUAGGCCUGCUGCCUACACCACCAAAUACUUUGGUUGUGAGCUCGGUGCUCAAUCAAAAUUUGAUGAGAAGACAGGAACUUCAGUUGUCAAUGGAGCUCAUGACACAAGCAAACUUGCUGGACUUCUUGAAAUUUUCAUCAAGAAAUAUGUUCAGUGCUAUGGGUGUGGCAAUCCUGAGACAGAAAUUCUAAUUACCAAGACUCAGAUGAUACAAUUGAAAUGUGCUGCUUGUGGAUUUGUAUCAGAUGUGGAUAUGAGGGACAAGAUCACGACCUUCAUUCUUAAGAAUCCACCUGAAGUGAAGAAAUCAGCCAAGGACAAGAAGGCUAUGAGGAGGGCGGAAAAGGAGCGUCUCAAGGAAGGGGAAGCUGCUGACGAGGAGCAGAAGAAAUUGACGAAAAAGGACGCAUCGAAGCAAAAGAAGUCUUCCAAAGAAGGUGCAUCUAAGUCUAUCAAGAAGAAGAACCAUGGGUCUGAUGAGGAACAUUCUCCUACUGGAAGCCAGGCAGGUGAUAAUGAACCUGUUCAAGUCGUUGAAGAAGAAGAUGACGAGGAUGAUGUUCAAUGGCAGACUGACACAUCUAUGGAGGCAGCUCAGAAAAGGAUAAAGGAGCAGCUAAGUGCUGUGACAGCCGACAUGGUUAUACUCUCGACUGAGGAGAAUUCUACUCGUAAGAAGUCGCCACCUUGUAAUCCAGAACACGUGGUCAAAGAAACAAAUGGCACUCUUGCUGCUGACUCACAUGAAACUCUUGUCAAGGACUUGAAGGAAUACCUGAAGACAGGAUCGACCGCAAGCCAGCUGAAAAACCACUUAUCCUCCUGCUCUGGAACAACCCAAGAGGUUGGAAAUGCUCUGUUUGAGGCUCUCUUUGGCGAUGUUCAGAAGGGUUUUGCAAAAGAAGUGAUAAAGAAAAAGAACUAUGUUGUUGCUGCCCUAGCUUAUGCUGAUGGUUCACAGGAAGUCUUGCUUCAUGCCAUUGAAUCUUUCUGUGGUAAAGCAAGUUCCGAUGCUGUCAAAGAGGUGGCAAUUGCUCUAAAGCAUCUGUAUGAUGCCGAUGUGCUGGAGGAAGAGGCCAUAGUUGAGUGGUACAAGAAGGGUACAACCGGUAACAACCAGAGCGCCCCGAUCUGGAAGCAUGUCAAGCCUUUUGUCGAGUGGCUCCAGAGUGCCGAGUCUGAGUCUGAAGAGGAGUAAAUUUUUAUUAUUUCCUAUGUUUACUUCAAUUUUCAAUAUUGAGCUGCUACUACUUAGCUGGAAAAUUUGGUAGUUUGCCGGACUCUUUCAUAGUCUGAUGAAUUGUUGAUGUGUCUGUGUGUUGUUAUUUGUUGUGUAACUUUGUGUUGCAGACCAAAUCUUCAAUUUGGUGGUGUUUUGAUAUUAUUGUUAUGAACAAUUUGUUGGUUUGAAUUCUGUUUCUUGGAGUCCUUUUUAAUCGGUGAAUUUUUUGUUCAAUGAUAUGAUAUGAUAUAUUUGCUACUA